CCUUUGAAUCCUAAAUCUAGAUCUCAGAGAAUGCUGGUCAUUAAAAAGGGCAGUACAAAAGAAGUGCAGAUAUCUGGAUUCCCAGUAGUAGGAAGUCUUCAUUCACAGGCAGUAAAGAAUGGAACUGGCACAAAUGUUUACAAAGGAUUAGUCCCUAAGCCUGUCACUCCAACCAUGAAGCCUACACAGUGGAAAAGCCAAGCAAAAGAAAGUAAACUUGGGAAUCUUUUUCCUCAUGAAUCUGCAUAUGGUGUUGGCAAUUCCAGUCCUAUCAAAUCAACUGCCAAGGCAUUUACCGUAUCACAGAAUUCAGUGAAAGAGUAUAAUCGGUCAAAUUCUUCAUCACCUGUUGACAAAGUUGGUCAGCCUCGUUUAAUAAAAUUGACAAGAAUGCGGACUGAUAAGAAGAGUGAAUUUUUGAAAACAUUGAAACAAGAUAGAGUGGAAGAGGAACAUGAAAAUAAGAAUGAUGCUGCGCAAAAUAAGAAUGAUGAGUCCUUUAACUUGCAUAACAGCAACAGUCCUCCUCAUGAGAGAGAUGUAAACCAAAACUUUGAAAAUGAAAUUCCACAGGAGAAUGGCAGUGCUUCAAUUACAUCUCAACAGAUCAUUCAGUCUUCAGCUUUCCCUCAGGCAGAUGUUCUUUCAAGCUCACUUGAGGCAGAGCAUAGGUUAUUGAAGGAGAUGGGCUGGCAGGAAGACAGUGAAAAUGAUGAAACAUAUGCUCCACUAACAGAGGACGAGAUGAGGGAGUUCCAUGUCAUUAGUGAACAG